GGCUUAAGUUGCAUUUGAAAAUUUAUAGAAAAAUUCUGCAGCAAAAAAAAUGUUAGUUUUUAAAAGUGUUUUAGUGAUUUUAAUAAGUUUCCUAUUAAAGGAUAUAAAAAGUGAAGAAUUAUUAAAUAAUAAUACAACUGCUGAAAUUACAACUGAAGCUACUCCUAAGGAGAAUGCGGCUCCAUCAACCACAACAGAAUUUAGUUUACUGGAGGAUAAAGAAUUAAUUUCUUUAACUUUAGACAAUUUAGAUGCGAAUAAAGAGGAUUCUUCAGAUAUAUCUUCUAUGAAAAAGGAUUUAAAUUCACAAAUAGAAAAUCUAUCAACAAGCUCAAUUAUUCCUGAAGAAACUUCCUCAACUACUACCACUUCAACUCCUCUAAAUGAAUACCAGGAUAAUGAUACCACCUCCAGUUGGGAGCUUAUAUAUCCCGAACAAAAUUCUUCAACUCUAGAACAAUUCUUUACUCCAUCUACUACCGAAACUUCUGUAACAAAUUUGCCCAAAUAUUUUAAAGUUGAUGACGUUACCAAUUGUCAAAAAUACUUUGGCACCUGUCUAAAACAAGUACUCUCGAAUGUGGUGCCCAAACUGAAAGAUGGCAAUAAAUAUCUUCAAUUACCCUCCUUGGAUCCUCUUCAUUUCAACUCCACUGCCUUUCAAUACAAUAGUGGUCCCUUUACUGGCUAUAUAACCAUAAGAUAUGCCCUAAUCUAUGGUUUGACAACUAUGAAAUUUAAAAAAGUCGAUUUUCAAAAAGAAGGCAAUAAAUUUAAGGCCCGCCUUACUAUGCUAGUUCCGAAAAUGUAUGCUUUGGGUUCUUAUAAGGGUGAUAUGCAUGUUAAUAAUGUUCGGGUAAGACCUAGAGGUGAUUUCAAUGUUACAAUGGUGGGUUUGGGCGUAGAAAUGCUGACCUUAGGUUCCGUCAUACAUAGAGAUGGUCAUACAUUUUUGAAAUUAACGAAAAGUAAUGCCACGACUAUAUUAAAGGAUUCGAAAAUUAAUGCCACCGGCAUAUUUCCCGAUCAGAGAUUAAAUGAUAUUGUUCUUAAUGUGGCUAAUCAAUAUUCUCGAGAUUUGUUUAAUAUAGUUCUACCCGAAACACGCAACAACUGGCUGCCUAUUUUGACCGAUACUUUAAAUGGUGCUUUGGCCAUGGUGCCAUUCGAUUUCUUGAAGUAAAAAGUUGAUGGAAUACUUUGAUAGAUGUUUAAGGCAUUUAAAAUGUUGUUGUAUUGCAAAUUUUAAAUAAAUAUAUUUAAUAUUUUAAAUUUUUAUUAAAAAUCACUUGUCUACAUAUAAUCGACCAGGGACUAUA